GCAGCGCCCAGCUGCCAGCAGACGACAAAAUGUUUACAAGCGCGCUGCGGUGUGUGCGGGUUUGUCAGCUGAUUCUCGGCGCUCGCAUGGCUUCGACGAGCUCCCUGCUGGCGUGAGAGCAACCGACAUUCGCGCGAUACAGGAGUUGGCAGGCAUGGGGGAGGACCUGCACCACGCGCCCGAGCCCGAGGAGCCGGCGCCUGCGCACUCGGGGGUAGACUUCCCGCAGCACGACCGUGCGCCGCGGGAAGCCGCUCCGUCCGCCGCAGGGGCGCCUCCGAACUGCGAGGACAACAAACACGACCUCCACACCACAGAGACUGGCCCCAGGAAGGGCCUAGCCUCCGCGCUCAAGGACGCCGGCGCCGGAGGCGAGACGCCGGAGUACUGGGGCGCGCUGACAGAGGCCAUGGACGCGUGGGGCGACUCGGAGGCGCCCCUGGACUCGCGGCCCCAGUGGUUCGACGAGGCCCGGUUCCGCCGCGGGCAGCAGUUCGCCACCGACUACCUGUUCGGCCUCAUGCUGGCCGAGAUGCUGUCGCUGCUCGUGCUCUUCUCCUUCGCCGACGGCCUGCAGCCUCUCAUCUCCACCCGCAAGUCCGACACGCCCUUCAAGGCGUUCCGGCGCUACCUGUCGACGGUGACGCGCGUCCGGUCGUGGUACGAGGGCGACCCGUGGGCCGUGGACGGCGCCGCCAGGAGGAACCUGCGCGCGGUGCGCUCCAUGCACGCGGCUGUGCGCGGCAAGCUCAACUCCAACUCCCCCUCCCCCUCCUCGCUCGGGCUGGAGGGCCCCCUGUGGAGCGACCUGCUGGCGGAGGUGCGAGGAGACCACGCGGCCGCCUGCCCCUUCGGCUCGGCCAGCCUCGUCUACAGCCGGCCCCGCGACCGCCGCCUCUUCGUCAACCAGGCCGACAUGGCCUUCACGCAGUUCGGCUUCGUGGGGCUCAUGCUGGUGUACCCGGCCAGGUUCGGCGCGGCGGGCGCCAGCGACGAGGCGCUGGACGGCUUCGCGCACCUCUGGCGCACAAUCGGCUACCUGCUGGGCGUGGAGGACCGCUACAACUUCUGCGCCGGCUCGCUGGCAGAGGUGAGGCGCCGCUCCGAGGACCUGCUCCGCCUGUGCGUGCGCCCCAACCUGCGCGACGUCACCGCCGACUGGGAGCACAUGUCGCGCUGCAUGGUCGAGGGCAUCAGCUACUACGUGCCGGGCCUCAGCUUCGAGACCUCGCUCUGCUACCUGGACACGCUCCUGGGCGUCGACUGCCCGCGCCUCUGGGCUGCCAUGACGCUCUGGCAGCGCUUCAUGUUCCGCCUCAUGUGGCUCGUCAUGUGCUGGGUGCUGCGCCUGCCCGGGGCCUUGCCCCUCCACAACUGGCUGCUGCGCGUAAGCCUCAAGAGCGCGGAGACCUACUCGCCGGCGCGGCUGGCGCGGCUGGAGCGGCGGCGGUACGCCUACCAGGACGCCGGCCCGGCCGUUUGCACACGGCUCUGAGCGCCUCCGACUCACUGCGGCGCCACGCUUGCGAAGUGAGGUCCGACCCCGGGCUGCUCCGUGUUGAAUCACGUGCAUUGCCUUUUUUAUGCCAGUAACUUAUUACUUGAAGGGACCUUGACAUAGUGUGCUGAGCUUCAAUACAAGACGUCUCAUUCAAAAACUGCCCAAUAUUUUAGGGUUUUUCAUUCUGCAUUAUCAUCAUCAUCAUAGGCGUGCGCACGGUAGGUGCCACAGGUGCCUUGGCACCACCAUUAGGGUUAAUGUUAUUUUAUUUUUUACAAGCAGAAAUAAUACAUACUUACAAAAAACCGUAUUAUUUCCAAAAAAAAAUAUGUUUUCCAAUUGUGUCGAGUUACAGAUAUGUGCUCAUAACACUAUCAGUAUAUCAAUUAUCAAUCGAACCAACUAUACACACGGAAACAAGCCAGUUGCAAUUACUUGUGUUGUACACGCGGGCCGCGACUACGAAACUUCUGAAAUGUAAAUACUUCUCCUAGUUCUCCUCGAAUUACAUAGAAUGCGCGCUCGGUGUCCACUGUUCACUCCACUCGGCAGGCGCACGGAAUAAUAGCCGCCGUUGCCCAGGGGCGUAGCCAAAGGGGGGGGGGGGGGGGGUGUUAGGAGUUCAACCUCCCCCCCCCCCCUUAGCACCAAUUCUUUAAUUAAUUUCUUAUUCAUCACUCAAACAAAUUCCAUAUUAAAAUUAAUAAAAUUUUUACCAUAACAAUAUUUAACUUUAAGAACCAAAAACUGCUAAAAUAGCACUAUUUUACACCUUAAAAUCCACAUUUUCCCGGGGAAAGACCCCCGGGCCCCCCCCCUUUAAUACCGGGGGGGGGGGGGGGGAGGGGCAUGCUUCUUAACACCCCCCAUACACAAAUCCUGGCUACGCCACUGCGUCCGCCAGGUAGCACUACUGUGUAGUGUUUACUCUUACUGUUUACUCAUCAGUUUACUGUUCUGAGUACACGAGUACAGCCUGUGUUUGUUACGUGGAUCACUAAUUAAUUAAUUAUCAUUUUAUGUUCACUAGUUGACAGUUGUUAUAGUUCGUUAAUUGCUGUAUAUAUCUGUCUGUAUAAUGUAUAAAUGGGUGAUUAAAAUUAAAAAGCCGGAUCCCGAAAAGGAUUACUCGAUUACUUAUAUGCAGUCGCCAACAAAACAUUUUUGUUGUUUAAAACUUUUGCCCACUCUGAUUUGUGUAUUUUUAUUAUUUUAAUAUUUUACAUAUUUGAUGUAUUUUACAAAAAAUUUCCCUUGAUUUGUUGAUUUUAAAACUUAACAUAUGAGAAUGUUUUUUCUAGCAUUUAUUUGGCGUCUUCAGAAAACAUGUAAGUACGGUUUUUCAAAGCCACCAGCAUUAAUUCCGUGCAAACAAUUUGUGCAAUUUACUUUAUGGCUCAACAAAGCUUAAAACUGUUAAUAGUUUAGUAGUUUUCCUGGCGAUUAAAACGUUCAAAGCCAUAAUUUGUCAUAAAAAAUGUUAAAAUUUUUACAUCUGUGUAUUUAAUGUUUUUGUUCGGAAACACCUUAAAUAGCACCAUUUUGCGCUUUCAAAUCCAAAUUUUUCCGGGGGAGGACCCCCGGACCCCCCGCUUUAGGCUCGGGUCCGUGGAUGAUAAGGCUGUUAAGUAAUCUGGCACCACCACUACUGAAGUCCUGCGCACGCCUAUGAUCAUCAUCGUCAUUUGCAUUUCCAGCUGCUGGCUGGGUCUGCCUUGUAUCGAAAGAAAAUAGCAAUUGAGAAACUGGACCUAUAUAUGUAUCUAAGUGAUGUUUAUUUUAUUUAUUUCUGAAGUGUAACAGUUUGUUUUUAGUUAUUUCCGGCAAACUAUAAGCAGGAACACAUUUCAUUCACUGAAUAUGUUCUUUCUUGCAAAAAGAAGAAUCCUUUACAAUGGGAACAGUGUAUUAUUUACCAAUGCAUUAACAAUCUAUUCAAAAAUUCGUAUUUUAAUGCUUCCUUUAAAAAAAAAAAAUUCUGUUUUUUUUUUUUACAGGAGCCCAGCACUAAAAUUUUGUAUUUUUUUUCUAUUUAAUAGUUUAUUAUAUCCACUAACAGUCAAUAUUUUUAGGAGAGUACAAAUACUUGAAACUUUGUAAUUUAAUUUAAUGUUUUUAGGAUGUAAAUUCUGGAAUAGAAUUAGUAUUUUGUUGUUGGAUGCUGGACACCAAUCAAGAAUUAGGUUUGAUUUUAUUUAUGGCAAACUUUACAUUAGUGAAUAUAUGAAAUGUUAUUUAUAUUUUAAGGUAUAUUUUAUUAUUUAGGGGAUUAUAUUAACUGCACAAUAGAGCCAUUCUCAACCAUUUCCUUUCUAACAGAUGCAGAGUAGUCAGCUAGCCAACCUCCCUGGUUGGCUGCGUUAGUUACAGCUCUGGAGCAACAAAUUGUCUUUUAAAUUAUUUUGAUCAUUAGGUUUUCUUGGGGUUCUCCGGGUUCCCCCAUCUACGCACGCCCUGCCUUAGUGCCUCAUCCAGUUCUGACAGGUGAAAAGCCUGUUAGGGUGAGUUUUAGUCCUGUCCCAACACCCAAUUUUUGCACUUUUCACUCCCCUCAAAUCAGUUCAAUAGUAGUAGGUACCACAUAAUGCACAGGUGCUAGCAAAUAGCAUAAACCUAAACCUUUGGCGUGCUUACUCUUCCCACAGGAACCCACUCCAAUUUAACCACAGAUUUUGUCUAUUAAUCACACAUUCACCUUAAAAUUAGGAUAAAAACUUAGUAACUAUGUACAUACAUUUUAAAAUUAUAUUUUGUAUCCCCUAUCUGUACUUUACUGACAUUUAUAAUUUUAUUAAUACUACCUACCUUAUUAAAGGAGUGAGGUUGUAAUCAUCUUUUUUAUAUUAGUAUAAAUAAUGAAAUUGUGAUACUAUACUGAAUGUGGCAUGAAAGAGUUACAUAGUUUUAUGUAAUGAAAUUAAAUUAAUUAUUAUUUUGACUAGU